AUUGAGCGGGAGGCGGUCGGUCACCUGGAUCUCCUGUAGGAGGCGAGCCGCUUGAGCUCAGAGGAGGACGCGUGGCCAAAUAAAGGAGAGGACCGGCUAAACCGAGCAGUAAGGCGGAGGAGCUUCUAGCCGAGCGGAGGUCUCUGGAGGCCGGUUGCCUGGCCCGCCCAUGGCUGCUGCCGUUGCCGCUUUCCGGCACCUGAGCUUGGCGCUAAGCGCAGCGGUAGCAGCCCUCGGUUCGCUCCUUUUCAUUGCAUGGAAAGUCUACUUCCGAGACGCCGAUGACAGCUGCGUCGGCUGGAGAAGUCGCUGGGAGCGGCAGCUGGAAGCGGAGCUCCGAGCUUGCAACGUGCGAAAGGAAGCGGAGCAGCCACAUUACUGUGAAUACCAAGUUUUGAUGCUCGGUUUGGACGGGGCUGGAAAAAGCACCAUUCUUCACUAUGUAUGUAGUCCCGAAGCCAAGAAGCACAUAGCACCUACUCAAGGCUUCAACUCAGUGCAGCUGCACGCCAGUGGGCUCCAGAUGGACCUUCUAGAAGUUGGUGGGAGCCAGAAUCUACGCUUCUAUUGGAACCAGUAUCUGAGCAAAGCCCACAUUUUGGUGUUUGUUGUAGACUCUGCAGAUGGCCCACGCCUUCAUAUUGCUCGGCAGGAGCUUCACUGCUUGCUGGCUGAGGACCCUCAGCUCCCUUUGAUAGUCUUAGCGAACAAACAGGACAAGAAUGGUGCCCUGAGCGUGGCAGAAUUGCAAGAGGAGUUGGCCUUGCACAACCUGGAUAGUCAGAGGAAAUUCUUUCUCUUGCCCACAAGUGCAACUUAUGCUGGUUUGGCCACUGCAAACAGUGUUCUUCAGUUGAAGCACCUGCUGGUCAAAAUCCUUGGACGUUCAAGCAAGAUGGAUUCCCUGUGAUUGUGCCUCUCAGCAAUAACCUUUUCCACAUGGUCAGGAAAGUCUUAAAAGUCCACCUCAGCAGUCACCAAAUGCUUUUGGAGAAGGAAUACUACUUGCCUUGAAGAUAACUACUGUUCUGGGAUAUGAAAGAAGGCAGAAAAAGGCGAAGUACAUUGCUUGAGGCAGGAAUCGAUCAAUCUUGGACUAGCUAUUGAAAGCAGAUGCUGCUCUUUUCAAAAAUCUAAAGAACUGUAAUACCUGUAUUUGCACUAAGACUUUGCAUUCUUCUUUAUUAGAUGUACUAGAGUUGACUUUGCAAUAAGCAGGAAGAGGUAAUGCAAUGACUUUAUAUAGUGGAAACUAAGAAAGUCAUUUCAUAGGCAAAGAGCCUAUGAAAUGACUAUUUCAAAAGCUGGGGGAAAGUCUUGGCCCAUAAAGGGCUACAUCAUCCUGAUUCCAGUUAACGAAAUGUGGGAUGUACUGAAACUGAUGGCUCAUCUAGAUUUGAGGAAUCCUUAAUGGAAUAUCUUUUAUUUCUGGCUACAAACAUUGGAACAGUUGUGCCUUGAACUGAUGCCAAAACUACUUCAGUCACUAAGACUCUGCUAUCUUCCUAUUUAUUACUUGAUUCUUCUGAAGUAACCUCUACGAAGUCUAGAUAUUUGAUAUUGGUCAAGAGAAUUGGAAAGUCUGGGUUAGACCACAAAGAAAUGCACGAAACUGACAUUCUUCAAACUAGGUGAGCUCAAGUGUCGAAUUCCCGGGUUGCCUGGGAAGUUUGAGACGCAGGCCAACACUUGCAGGUGUCCCUGAUAUGGCAGUUCUUCAGCAUGUACUUGAAUAUUCCUAUUUGAUCCCAGCCCAUCAGAAGUUCUUAAAAGUUAUUAUUUCUGCUCCAUUAUAGAAACAAAAUGUUAUCUAUGCAAAAACUAUUGUGAGCUAGUAAUGGCUGUUAUAACAUACAGGUAAGCCACAUCAUAGGAGCUACCAAUACCAAUUCUCCUAAAUUUCUAAGGAA